CUCCUCAAGACUUUUUUCUCCUUCUUUCUUACGGGAAGAAGAGACAUAACAAACCUUAGUCUUCGAAUCGGCCAGACUUUAUUUUCUCGUUGCAUUCGAACGACUAGCAGUUCUUCAACUCCGUUUUUUACCUCUUCUUUCUCUUGUCGCCUUGAGAAGAACAGAAAAAACUACCUCCUUCAAGAUGCCCUCCACCAACGGAAUCAACGGCGCCAAGGUGCUCGACUCCAAGUCUGCCCUCCAGGUCUUGAAGGAGUACGAGAGCCGUGAUGGCCUCGACAUCUACGAGCUCAUGGACACCAAGAAGCACGGUGGUCUGACCUACAAUGACUUCCUGCUGCUUCCCGGCUACAUUGGCUUCCCCGCCUCUGCCGUCGUCCUGGACUCUCCCGUCACGAAGAGAAUCACCCUUAAGACCCCCUUCGUCUCCUCCCCCAUGGAUACCGUCACCGAGCACGAGAUGGCUAUUGCCAUCGCUCUCCAGGGUGGUCUGGGUGUCAUCCACCACAACUGCUCGCCCGAGGAGCAGGCCGACAUGGUUCGCAAGGUCAAGCGCUACGAGAACGGCUUCAUCCUGGACCCCGUCGUCAUCAGCCGCGAUACCACUGUCGGCGAAGCGAAAGCUCUGAAGGAGAAGUGGGGAUUCGGAGGUUUCCCCGUCACAGAGACCGGUAAGCUCGGCUCUAAGCUGCUGGGUAUCGUUACGAACCGCGACAUCCAGUUCGAGGAGGAUCCCAGCCAGUCUAUUUCCACGGUCAUGGUCACUGACCUGAUCACCGCACCCGCCGGCAUUGAUCUCCCCGAGGCCAACAAGAUCCUGGCCAAGUCCAAGAAGGGCAAGCUGCCCAUCGUCGACAAGGACAACAACCUGGUCUCCAUGAUUUCCCGCUCCGAUCUUAACAAGAACCAGCACUUCCCCCUGGCCUCCAAGUUGCCCGACAGCAAGCAGCUUCUCUGCGGUGCCGCUAUCGGCACCCGCCCCGAGGACAAGAACCGCCUCAAGCUCCUCGUCGAUGCCGGCCUCGACGUCGUCAUCCUCGACAGCUCCCAAGGUAACAGCAUGUACCAGGUCGAGAUGAUCCAGUGGAUCAAGAAGGAGUUCCCCGGCCUCGACGUCGUCGGCGGAAACGUCGUCACUCGUGAGCAGGCUGCCACCCUUAUUGAGGCUGGUGUCGACGGUAUCCGCAUCGGUAUGGGCAGCGGCUCCGCCUGCAUCACGCAGGAGGUCAUGGCCGUCGGCCGCCCCCAGGCUGCCGCCGUUCACUCUGUCAGCAGCUUCGCCGCCCGCUUCGGCGUUCCCUGCAUUGCCGACGGUGGUGUCCAGAACGUUGGCCACGUCGUCAAGGGUCUUGCCCUCGGCGCCUCUACCGUCAUGAUGGGUGGUCUCUUGGCUGGUACUACCGAGUCCCCCGGUACCUCUUUCGUCUCCCGUGAGGGUAAACUCGUCAAGGCCUACCGUGGCAUGGGCAGCAUCGACGCCAUGCAGGACAAGAAGGCUGGCAGCGGCGGCAAGGACAGUCAGAAGAGCAAUGCUGGCACUGCCCGUUACUUCUCCGAGGGCGAUAGCGUCCUUGUUGCGCAGGGUGUUACCGGCUCGGUUGCCCACAGAGGUCCCAUCAGCAGAUUCAUUCCCUACCUGGCUGCUGGUCUCAAGCACUCCAUGCAGGACUGCGGUAUUCAGUCUCUCAAGGAGCUCCGCGAGUCUGUUGACAACGGCACCCUCCGCUUCGAGCUCCGUACCUCCAGCGCCCAGAUGGAGGGUAACGUGAACAUGGAGUCGUACGAGAAGAAGCUAUUUGCCUGAAAAACGGCAAUAUAGCACCUUAGAUAUGAUGGAAUGGUUACGAGAUGUGAAUGGGAAUCUAGAAAAGGGUUGAUGAAAAUCACACAAAAGGGAACGGCCAGGGAGGACAGGGAAAAACAGGGGAUUCUAAAAACAAAAAGCCUCCCCCUCGGGAGUACAUACUACCUGUAUACACAAGCAAAGAGGGGCGAAGCAAAGAUGGCUUUUGGGAUAGGACGGCAUUCAGUAUAGCGGAGUUUUUGGAGUCUACUACGGAAGGGCUUGAACCGCCUUGAGAUGAUGCAGCGUUCUGGAUUCCAAAAUCUACUCGGGGAAGAUAUUCUACAAACCAAACUUUCUAUGACAAACG